AUGCUUCCUUUAAAUAUUUUUGUUGUCGCAGAGAAAAACAACAUUUCCAAUAUUAAUUCAAAAAAUCAAAAUAAUAAUAGAGAUUCUUUGUUACUAAAUAAUAGCGGUAAUUAUUCUACUGGUUUAUUUGAAAAUGUUGAUAAUUCUACUUUACAUCCAUUUAUUGGAGGGGAUUUACAACAUCGAAGGAGAAGUGCAAGUAGCAGUUCUAGACCUUCCUCAGUUCAAAAAGCUGAAUUUGUAAAUAAUUCGUUAUUGGCUAGAAGGCAAGGAAUGCCAGAAAGAAUUCCAUCUACAAGAAUAACAAUGACACGCCCUAAUCAAAUUGUUUCUCAAGAGGGAAAAUUAAGAAGACAAAAUUCUGAUCCUUCCCCUACGACAAAAAGAAGGCCUAGACUAGAAAUAUUUCCACCUCCUUCACCAUCACCAAAUCACAAUUCAACACAAAAUUUAUUUGCACAAACACUCAACAGUCCAAUUUACCGGCCAAAUAUAGAUGGAGAUUUAUUGACUAUUCCUCGUUGUGGUGCCAGUCCUUCUGUUGGCUCUUUUCAAUCAGAUCCAGAAUCUUGUUUGGAUGGGCUUCAAUUCCAAUACAGUGGUACUUAUGGAGAGGAUGAAUAUGAAGACUUCGAGCCCUUCAGUAUCGGUAGGCAAUUAUUUUUUUGAGUUUUUUUUGUGUCGCAAUUUGUCUCAAUU